AUGGAUUAUAAUAGAAAACGUAUAGGGCCGCUGCCUUGGGGUCGCUGGGGCGCGUCUGGAGCUGGAGCUAGACGCGGCAGCAUGCGGAUCGCCAGCCGAGCGCGAGGAGCUGCAAGAUCACCUAGCAGCCCCUCGAAUCCCCUCAUCCCCACCAGAGAUGGUUUGAUUUCGGUAGAGUCCUCUCGGACUUGGCAAGCGGCAUCCGCCGCUGGUGGAGUGCGCCGCAUGCAUUGGACAAAAAAUAUGAACGUAAACGCAUUGCGGGCGUACUAUAGGACGAAAGGGGAAGAAACUGCAGGGAUAGCGUAUCGGGCUUGGAUGCAUUGCUUUUUUGCUGAGCUGGAGCCGUCUAUUCCCGUCACGGAACAAAACCUGGCAGACCAAGUUCGGUACAUCAUGCGCUCGAAAAUAUUUGAUGAUGCCGAGCUCAAACGACUACGACGUGAGGCCAUUCCCUCGUCGAAUGAAUUGGCUAUGGCUGGGGAUACGGCUCCUCAGCCGACAGACCAGCACCCACGCGUGGAAGCCGCUAUGGAUCUUCAAGUUGUGGUUGAUUCGGACGACGAUGAAAUGGUCUCCCACGAACUAGAGCAAAUGAGGAGCAUAUUGGAAGAGGCGAUUUCGGAAACGCGUAGCAUGCCUCUCGUAAAUCGACCGCGACUUCCCCGCAAGCGAAAUCGGGCUAUCGUGAGGCCUCUUAACCCAAUGCUGGUGACCUAUUUGGAAGCGAGCCGGGACCAUUGCGAGACGGACUUAAUUCUUUUUGGCGCCGCAGUUGCAGUUUGCCGUAUUAUUGGCGCCAAACUUCCCAUGGCUGGACGCGCUACUAAACAAAGUAGCGCCAUCCCAGCCUGGAGAAAAAGAAUUGAGUACCGUUUCGCAAAGGCAAGGGCCCUUAUCUGCAGACUGACGAGCUUCAGGGCGGGUAAUAAUAGACCGGGGGUUGUGCGCACCGUUAUAAUGGCGUUUGCUGGGACAAAUAUCAGUUUGUCCUAG